UUGAAUAGCAAGGUAUUUUGCUAUUUAGCGCAUAUGGUCACUCUAAGCUAUUAGUAAUCUCUUACAUUGACAAAAACAAAUGUUUAGAUCGUAGUUUAUUAGCAUGACGGAGUUCCAGUGGCCCUGGGAGUACACCUUCCCACCCUUCUUUACACUACAGCCCCACGAAGAAACCAGGCAGCAGCAGCUGAAGGUCUGGACAGAUCUCUUUCUCAAAUACCUCAGGCACACGAAUAGGUUUACGCUCAGCAUUGGGGACCAGAACUCGCCGCUGUUUCACAACGAAUCCCUGAAGCGCCGCCUCUCGCCAGAGCUUGUCCUGGCCAUCCUGGGCGAGCUGGAGCGGAGCGGGCAUGCGAAUCCACUGGACAAGCGACGCCAGGAGUGGCAGGUGUACUGGUUCACACUCGAGGAGUACGGCAACAUGGUGUACGACUGGGUGCAGGAAACGGGCCAGACGAACACCAUCUGCACGCUGUACGAGAUCGCCUCCGGCGAGAACACCUCUCACCUGGACUUUCACGGCGUGGACGAGGCGGUGCUGCUCAGUGCCCUCCGGUUGCUGGAGGAGAAGGGCAGGUGUGAGCUGAUCGAGAUGGACGGCAGCCACGGCGUUAAGUUCUUCUAAGUGUCCAUGCUAAUUGUUUACCUUGUCUUGUGGCGUACCCCGAAUUAUGUCCUAUUGAAGUAAAGUAGUGUAAAAUGUA